AUGUCCACGAGUGUGAAGAGUGAAACCUUAAACUCAUCUCAUGAGUUAUCAGCUUCGUCUUCGAAUGAGACGGUGCAACCGAUGGCAUUUACUGGUCAACCACAAAAAGAUGGUUUUCGUCGAGGAUCUACUGCUUCUAGAAAAUCGUAUGAAAGUACGAGAUCCUUAGGGUAUUCCGAGAAAGAUAUUUAUUGUGACUUGGAUUCUGAAGAAAUAAGGAUCCAGAGAGAAUUGACAAGAAAAACUAUUCUUUCUGAACUCGAACAAAAAGCACAAAAUGAAGCAUUUGAUUUCCCAAACUUACCAGAAUCAGCAGUCCCUGUAGACAAUGCCGGCGAAGAGUUUGCCGAUAUAGAUCCCGAGCUUGUGACUUGGGACGGGUAUGACGACCCUGAAGAUCCUAGAAACUGGUCAAUUGCAACUAAACUGUACCUCAUAGCAUUUGUGUCUCUCUACACCGUUGUAUCGCCAAUGUCAUCGUCAAUGCCUUCUCCCGCAGUGGAACACAUAUCCAAAGACUUUGGUAUCACCUCAAACGUUGUUCAGGCUAUGAUGAUAUCUAUACAAAUUCUUGCAUGGGCAAUGGGUCCUUUAAUUAUUGCCCCACUUAGUGAAAAUGAUUUAUUCGGAAGAAAAGUGGUUCUCGAUGUUUCGAUUUGGAUGUCAUUAUUCUUCAACAUUGGCUGUGCUUUCUCUCAGAACACUGCUCAGAUGAUGGUAUUCAGGUUUGUUGGCGGUCUCUUCGGUUCUAGUCCUAUCAAUGUUGGUGCUGGAGUGAUUUCUGAUCUCUUUGAAGCCAAACAGAGAACCACAGCCUUAGCAGGGUUCUCCCUUGCACCGCUAUUGGGACCUGUUAUAGCACCAGUUAUUGCUGGGUUUAUUGUGGACCAUAAAGACUGGAGAUGGGUGUUCUACAUUUUGUGCAUUUUCAACGGUGCUGUGGCCAUUGUUGGAACCAUUUUCUAUCGCGAGACUUACUCACCGACCUUACUCAAACAAAAAGCUCGCAGGUUAAGAAAGGAAACAGGAAACAAAAACCUACACACGAUAUAUGAAAUCGCUGAUGGAGAGACCUUUCUUAGCAAAGUCAUGCUCACGAUGACUCGUCCAGUCAUGUUGUUGUUCACACACCCCAUGAUUAUAGGGCUUGGAUCGUUCAUGGCAUUUACCUAUGGGUUCAUGUACUUGAUGAUUGUUACAUUUCCCGAAAUAUUCAAGGUCAAAUACGGGUUUUCUCUGAGCAUUACUGGCCUCAUGUACAUCCCAAUGGGCGUAGGGUUCAUGCUCGGUGUCGUUGUGUGGACUCUUCUUAUCAACAAGACUUACACUAGAUUGUGUGAAAAGAAUGGAGGAGAGCAAAAACCCGAAUACAGACUUCCAUGUUUGUUUGCAACUUCCAUCAUUAUCCCCAUUGGAUUGGUUUGGUACGGAUGGUCGGCCCAGUACAAAUUGCACUGGAUAAUGCCCGGAAUUGGAUCUGCGAUUUUUGCUUUUGGUCUUGUUGGUGUAUUUCAGUCGCUUCAAGGUUACUUGAUAGACAUGAAUCCCCGAUUCGCAGCCUCAUCUGUUGCGGCAGCAGCAUUAUUUCGGUCACUCUUUGGGUUUGCGUUCCCACUUUUCGCAUCAAAGAUGUACGCUAGACUCAACUACGGGUGGGGUAACACGAUGUGUGCAUUUAUUGGCUUGGUGCUUGGAGUCCCAUUUCCAAUCUUCUGCUACAUCUAUGGCGAAAGAGUGCGACUUUGGGCCAAUCAGAGAAUGGAGCAAAGUCAAGCCAAACGAGACCAAAAAAACUUGCAGCGCUUAAAGAGGAAACUCAAACAACAAUAG